AUGGGGUCCCAUCUACAGCGACGCAAACAAAGUAAUGAAAUUCCUAUUUUGCCAGUAGAACUCAUCAUUGAAAUCCUCUCGAGAUUACCUGUGAAAUCCCUUUUAAAAUUCAAGUGUGUUUCAACGCAAUGGCGUUGUUUAAUCUCUAGCCGUAAUUUUAUCAAGACUCAUCUUAAUGUAUUUACUAAUAACAAGGAUUUUAUCCACAAUAGACUCUUGUUGAGAUUUAUUCAACCUCACCACCAUCUUAUGGACUGCUCCAUUAGUUCUUUGCUUUAUGAUUCUGAUCCUAAGACAUUUCAAUUGGAUUAUCCUAUGCAAAAUCCUCGUAAAUCUGUUACAAUUUUGGGUUCUGUUAAUGGAUUGAUUUGUUUAUCAAUUGACAAGGACUUGAUUCUUUGGAAUCCGUCAAUUAGGAAGUUCAAGAAAUUUCGUGAUCCUCAAUCUGGUCGCUAUUUCUUGCAUGGUUUUGGAUAUGAUCAGCUUCAUGAUGAUUAUAAUUUAGUGCUUAUUUCCAAAGAGGUCAGAAUAUAUAGUUCAAAUAGUGAUUCAUGGAGAAUUAUAGUAAAUGAUCGUUCGCAUGGGCUAGUUAGAGAGACAGACGGUAUCUUUGUGAAUGGAAAGCUUCAUUGGGCUAAAUCUCCUUCACAGGAUCAACAUUCAUAUAAUGGUUGGGACAUCACUUCUAUUGAUGUGACCGAUGGAAAAUGGGGAAAGGUGGAAAAACCCUUUUAUGGAGAAGGAGAUUUUGAUUUAACGCCAUGUGUGGGAGUGUUGGGAAGUGAUCUUUCUAAUUUAUGUAAUAAUCAGAGCCUUCAAACAGAUGUGUGGAUUAUGAAGGAAUAUGAAAUUAAAGAAUCUUGGACAAAGAUGUAUACCAUUAAUCGCCCUAAUGAUCAUCCCGAAGGAUAUGGCUUUUCUCCACUCUUUUGCAAGAUGUCAAAUAAAGGAGAAAUCUUGAUUCAGGUUGAUCAAUCAACUUUCAUGAUUUAUGAUCCAAAAAAGGAAUCUUUUAUAUGUCAAAAGGUGAUUAUUGAUGAAUAUCCUUUUUGGGAGGCAAGCAUCUACAUCAAUGAAAGCCUAGUUUGGCCCAUUAGCCAGAAGGGAAUGAUGCAAUGCGGGGUACUACGAAGUCUAAGAAAGCAAACAAGGUUUGAACAACAAAUGCAACAACCACGACGGUGGGAAAUCCCUAAGUGA